AUGUCUUCCAGGCAGCAGCAGCAGCAGCAGCAACAGCAGCAGUGCCCACCUCAGACGGCCCAGCAGCAGCAGGUGAAGCAGCUCUGUCAGCCACCCCCUGUCAAAUGUCAGGAGACAUGUGUACCCAAAACCAAGGAUCCAUAUGCUCCUCAGGCCAAGAAGCAAUGCCCACGCAAGGGCACACCCAUACCAGCUCAGCAGAAGUGCUGCUCCUCAUCCCAACAAGCUGCCAAGAGUAAACAGAAGUAA